AUGGGCAAGGGGAUGCAAAACUAUGUUGUUGACCCCAUGCCAGUAGAGAACUUCCUCAAUAAGUUCCUACCAAACCCUGAAGAUUAUGACACCUCGGACUUUGCUUCACACUUUGCUUCAGCCUCCAAUGCUGAAGUGUUCGACAUGCAAUCUAUUAAGAAAGAGGAGGAUUCUUACGAUCGAUUCAUGAGUAAUUCUGCACUUAUGAUAUUCAGAUCCUUGACAGUUUUACUGCAGAUUAACGGCAUACGACCCUUCGCUCCCCAGUUAUUGUUUGUGAACAGUUCCAAACAUGCAGACACCAAUAACUGCUCAUCAUUCACAUUCAACGUCAAGCCGGAUGUAUGUGUAUACGCCGACGGAACUUUGCACGGCUGCAAUAUUUCCAAAUUCAAAGUCAACAUCGAAUUCAAAUGGAAUGAUGUCCACGACGCAUUCCGUAAACAUCCUGGAGUUGAUCAGUUGAUCACAUCGCCUGCCCUGCGUGGCGUUGACACUUCCGUAACCCCUGCUAGCAAUGAAGAUGCUGCCCUCGCAAGGAUGAUGUUAAAGCUCACUUCUACCAUGCGCAUGUUGAAAGUUGCAGUCCCUCAGGAUCCUGCUGUUGAGGACUCUGACUGGUUGACGUUGAUCAUCCCCCAACCUGUUGCAAAAGGUUUUUCGCUUGUUGGCCGCUGGACUCGCACGUGUCCUGCGUUUGAUAUUCUCAAUAACAGGGUUGUAAUGUUCAAGGAUUCUUGGCGCAUGUUGUUAAAGGAUGUUCUACCGGAAGGCGAGACUUACAGAUUAUUGAGGUCGCACAAUGUUCACAAUGUCGCAACAUGCAUUGCAUUUCAUGAUGUGAUUCACGCUACCCCUGAGCGAAACACUCAGACUGUCAAGUUUGGGAGCGCCGAAUGGGCUUGCCCCAACAAGGCUGUCACUCCCCACAUUCUUCACCACCUGGUUCUCGAUCUUGUAGGCAAGCAAUUGACUGAUUUUGAGAGUUCUCAUCAACUCGUCCAGUCUGUUCGCGACGCAUUACUUGCCCACCAGGAUGCAUAUAAAAAUGCAAAAAUACUACAUCGAGAUCUCAGCGUCGGAAAUAUCGGUCCUCGACAAACCACCCGCACGGGAACCUGGCAGUUCAUGUCUGCUCACCUUGUUAAAAAUAGUUUUGCCAUCCAUGCUGUCGAGGAUGACCUCGAAUCCGGUCUGUACGUCGUUCUGUGGACGGCCUUGAAGUACAGGGAGAGCUACAUGAGCAUCAUUGACAGGACGCAAUUCAUUUUGCAGAUCUUCGACGCUGAUCCGCUGGUGGGGACCGGAGGAUCCGCGAAAUCGGAUUGGCUUGUCGCUAGAACCUACUUUCCACGUGAUAUAUUCAUCGGCUGCAAACCGCUCGACAAUCUCGUCGUUGAACUAGCCCAGUUCUUCUCGCAUCAGUACUCCUUGGUUUCCCCUGAGGCACAGGAGUCACUUGUGCGAUUGUGGCUCUCAUUGCAGGAAGUUCUAGACGAAGCCGGGUCUGUGCACAUGGCUGCACAGCAGAAGAUGAUAGAUGUUGCACAAUGCUGCCUGUUGGAGUCUUCUGCUUACCAGAAGGAGAUAGGUAUGCAGAUCCUGCACUCACACAAGGCCGUCAUCAAUAUCUACGACAAGUACCUUGGCUCAUCCGGAUGGCCUGACAAAGACGCAGCCGUACUGCAAAAAGUGCAUCCGACCAACAAGCAAAGUGGAUGUCGUUUAUACACCAAGUCACUAUGUGCCUCACAAGAUUUGACGUCCACAUGGGUGCAAGUCACACCAUCUGGCAAUAAAUGUAGGCUGGAUCCUGAGGGUGACGUUGAGAUCCUCAGUUCGGUGGCUGGCCUAGAUGGCCUUGUGUCCUUCGACCAAUGA